AUGCCAACUACAAGUUCAGCUUUUGCUCCAGCUCCAUCUUUAACUGUCGAGGAUUUAAAUUUACUGGAUCUUGCUUCUAAGUAUUCAGUUAGGGGAAAGAUACCCAUUAUGAUCCAUUGCCCCCAGGAGAUGGAUGGAUAUCAAAGUGUAAAGUCUUCCAUGCAGGCUUUAUUAAGCAAUUCAAAGCUUAUUGAUAAUCGUAGGAUAAUUAAAUAG